GAGAUAUUUCUAGCAACACACCCCGCCGUAUCUCUAUCAAAUUGCCAAGACUCAAGCCAUGCCACGGCUCUUAGCCGAAACAUGGUAGCCUGUUGGGGGCUACGCUCGAUUAUUACAGUACUUGGUACAACUGAAUUCCUUAACCUGGUGAACCCUCCUCGACAACAACAAUCUAACAAUCUUCACGCACUCAGCUUGAAUCCGAGGGACCUCGCAUAACACAGACGCCCCCCCACGGUCGAGAACCAUCUCCAUCUCCAUCUCCAUCUCCUGUGCCAGUAUCGUUUACUUCCCAUCUGCAUCUGCAUCUGCAAUCGCCAUGGCAGACCGAACGGCUGAUCGGGUGCCAUCGAGCAGCUCCUCUGUCACUGCUGGUGACGUGGAACACUAUGACGACAACGAGAAGAUGGUUCCCUCGAAUGGCAGUUUUGUCAAGUUGAAGGCCGAAGACGUCGAGGAAAUUGGAGAUGAUGUGGAAAGGGCAGAGUUGUUGCCGGAAGAGCAUGUCGAGAAGGCAGCGUCAGUGAAGGACAACUCUACCAGAACAGCCAUCAUAUGGAUGGUGGUCAACACACUGGCAACUAUCGGAAUCGUGCGUUUCCCCUAUAUCUUAUGCGAGAGUCAGGCACACUAAUUGACGCCGAUCAACAGGUCUUUACCAACAAAGCCAUCUUCUCCGACCCAUCUCUCAAACUCUCCCAACUCACAUUCGCUUCGUUCCAUUUCUUCAUAACAUGGCUUACCCUCUUCACUCUCUCGAGGCCUCGAUUCGCCAUGUUCACACCAAGGAGAGUCGCGAUUAGGGAAAUCUUUCCUUUGGCAAUUGCCAUGGCGUUGAACGUCAUUCUACCCAAUCUAUCUCUCGCUUUCUCUACCGUUACAUUCUACCAGGUAGCCCGAAUUUUACUUACGCCAGUUGUCGCCCUCAUGAACUUCGUUCUAUACAAGGCGACUCUUCCAAGAAAUGCCAUCUACGCUUUGAUUCCUGCAUGCGCCGGUGUGGGAAUGGUCUCUUACUAUGAUUCUUUACCCAGCGCGGACGCCAACGUCAAGACUACGAGCUCUUUGGGAGUUAUCUUUGCAUUCUCCGGAAUCUUUGCAAGCUCCCUGUAUACCGUUUGGAUCGCAAGUUAUCACAAGAAACUUCAGAUGAACAGUAUGCAACUCUUGUUCAACCAGGCUCCACUAGCCGCUUUCAUGUUACUCUAUGUCAUUCCAUUUGUCGACACUUUCCCAGUAUGGACCGAGGUACCACUCAACAGAUGGGUUAUGAUUUUGAUGGUAAGUCAAUUGCAUUCCAAUUCGAUCUACACAUGCCCGAGGAAACGAAACUAAUGCAUCACUAGUCUGGUGGAUUUGCAUCCAUCAUUAACAUGUCCCAAUUCUUCAUUAUCGCUCAAACCGGCCCAGUUUCUAGCACCGUCGUUGGGCACGUGAAGACAUGCUCUAUCGUAGCCCUCGGCUGGAUUACAUCCGGUCGUGCCGUUGGAGAUAAGUCCAUCAUUGGAGUGUUUAUUGCUAUUGGAGGAAUCAUCACGUAAGUUUCCAACUCAUCAUUUUUGGUUUCUGGUUGCCUUUCCACGCUUCGGUUCUCCGAUCACAGGCCGAACCUGAAGGCGGGUUCAGUUGCUUUCAAAAUCAUCUUAGCGCCUCAUCCACUUUGAAAAACAGUUUAAGAGAACUUGUAUUUUACAUACCUCUCCCAUGAAACCUUGCUGACAAGAAAAUAACAGAUACUCAAUUGUGAUGUUGAAACACAAGGCAGCGGGAGGGAAAUAAAAAAAAUCAAAUUACUACAUGGGAUCCCCGACGCAGCCAAAAACGUGUCCAAAGACGGCUUUCCUCCCAAUUUCCUGAAACCUUCAAAAUUGGGUUGUGAAUCAAACCUAAAUUUCAAUACGCCGGACCUGAUCCGAAUUUAUAUUCAUUUUUUUUCUUUCUCUCUUUCUUGUAAUAUAUUACAGUGAGUAGUAACUAAGGGAGUUUGUGGAAGAGUCGUGUGGAUUGGUGGGGCGUUUCUGGAGUUUUGACAUUCGCGGAGAAUGGUUAGAUGUGUGUUUGCUUUUGUCAUUGAUCUGGUUGGGGUGUAGGAUGGGAAGACGGAAGAGGAUGGGAAGACGUGGGAAAAAGAAUGGGUCUUUUUCUUUGGUUUGUUUUUGGGAUAUUUUUGGUGCGGCUAGGUAGGUAUGGAAGGAAGGAGGAUG